GAUCUGCAUCUCACUGGCUCCUGUCUCCUCACCAUGAAGCAAAGAGCCCACCUAAUAUGGGGUCUCCUCCUGGCAGCUGUCGUGUCUCUAGUCCAGUGUCAGAAUGUUUUCCUGAACAGCAAUGAGGCCAUGACUAUACUUAAACGGUCCCGCAGAGCUAACAGUGGCUUUGAAGAACUUCGGCAGGGGAACAUGGAGCGAGAAUGCAUUGAAGAGAUCUGUAACUAUGAGGAGCUCCGAGAGAUAAAAGAGUCUACAGUUGAGACGGAUCUUUUUUGGGUCAAAUACAAAGAUUGUGAACCAGACAAGAAAUCAAGAGACGCCCGGGCUGACUGUUUAAAAGGAACGACUACGUGUGCUGAAGGAAUCGGAACUCAUUACAGAGGGAAUGUCAGCGUCACAAGGUCUGGCAAAGAAUGUCAGUACUGGAUAAGUAACUACCCACACAAGACCAAGUUUAGCCCAACCACUAUCCCAAGUCUGGUUAAAAACUAUUGCCGCAAUCCGAAUGACAAUCCCACAGGACCAUGGUGUUACACGACGGACCCUCAGAAGCAAUGGGAGGAGUGCGUCAUAACUGUGUGUGGCACAAAUAAAACCACAGUGGAACCUCUGCUCGUUAAUGUGAAAGAGUCUGUGACAAGAGAACCGUGUGAGACAGAGCUUGGAUUAAAUUAUGAAGGGAAACUGGCAAAGACCAUCUCCGGCCUUCCCUGUUUGCACUGGGAUUCCCCGAGUGUCCAGCAGUACGGCCGCAAAGACUUUAUCCCAGAAGUCAAACUGCAGGAAAAUUAUUGCCGGAACCCUGACAAUGACGGGGAGGGAUUGUGGUGCUUUGUGUCCCACCCCAACCUGACCUACGACUAUUGCCCCAUGAACUACUGUGACAGUCCCAUAGAUGAAGAUGUUCUAAACAACCCUGCUGGGCGCACAACUGCUGAAGAGCACCAGAUCUUCUUUGAUGAGAAGACCUUUGGAUCUGGAGAGGCAGAGUGUGGCCUGAGACCCCUCUUUGAGCAAAAGUCCGUGGAGGAUAAGAGUGAAAAAGAGCUGCUGGAGUCCUAUAUGCAGGGUCGGAUCGUUAAGGGUGAAACCGCCGAGCCGGGCAGUGCACCAUGGCAAGUCAUGCUUUUCAAGAAGAGCCCUCAAGAACUGCUCUGUGGGGCCAGUUUGUUGAGUGAUCGUUGGGUGCUGACUGCUGCCCACUGCAUCUUCUACCCCCCUUGGGAUAAAAACUACACCACCGAUGAUAUCCUGGUGCGGAUUGGCAAACAUUACCGCACAAAGUAUGAGAGAGCAACAGAGAGGAUAGCGCUGCUUGAACGCAUUAUUGUUCAUCCCAAAUACAACUGGAAGGAGAAUCUUGACAGGGACAUUGCUCUUAUCCAACUCAAGCGACCGGUGGCCUUCAGCAACUAUAUCCACCCGGUGUGUCUACCCACCAAGGACAUUGUGGUCAAGCUCCUGUCGGCUGGAUACAAGGGCCGGGUUACAGGUUGGGGAAAUCUCCAAGAGACCUGGAGUGCUGGGGCACAAAACCUUCCACAGACCUUACAGCAGAUAAAUCUCCCCAUUGUGGAUCAGGAAACCUGCAAGUCCUCCACCAAGAUCAAGAUAACAGACAACAUGUUCUGCGCAGGGUACAGUCCAGAGGACAGCAAGAGGGGAGAUGCAUGUGAAGGAGAUAGCGGAGGUCCAUUUGUCAUGAAGGAUCCAGACACAGGCCGUUGGGUCCAACUGGGCAUUGUAUCGUGGGGGGAAGGUUGCGACCGAGACGGCAAAUACGGCUUUUAUGUCCACUUGCAUCGUCUGAGGAAGUGGCUUAUGAAGACUAUCGAGAAGUUUGGCAGUUCGUGAGCGAGUAAGAAAUCUCAUAGCCAAAUCCAACCAUUCCUUGGCUGCUCUGCUGCCCCCAUCUGAUUCCUCAUACAUCCAUCUCUAGGCACUAUAGUAUAUCUAUUAUUUGGUAACAUAGUAUUUCAAUAAAAGUUCAAAAUAGAUUUUUUGGUGAUUUAUGUGUUAAAGGGCCAGCACAUGCAGAUCUUUGCACACUGACACCCCGCUUGCUAAUUACGUUAAAGGGAUUCUGUCAUGAUGUUUAUGGUGUCGCUUUUAUUUCUAAAUGACAGUUUUCACUGCAAAUAAUUCACUCUACAAUAUAAAAUUUCAUUCCUAACCCAAGUGUAUUUUUUUUUUUAGUUGUAAUUGGUGUGUAGGUGCCAUCUCAGGUCAUUUUUCAGCAGUAUUGUGUGUGACUGAAGUUUAUCAGAGCACAAGUCACAUGACUGGGGCACCUGGGAAACAAUAUGUCUAGUCCCAUGUCAGCAUGGUACAUACCCCUGAAUUAUGUGCCCUAGACAACAACUCUGAUAGGCUGUCGAUCCCAUCUCCUAGUCCCCUCAAUCACCCUGGCACCUAUAUAACCUUGCCCUACUCGCCAAAUCCCUCCCAUGUAACUAUUAUAGUUUGGCCUUUGGAAGCAAAGUGGGAGAAGUCCUGAAAUAACCAUAAAACUCUGGGCAAUAGCAUAAUUUUUUUGGGCAUCCCUGUUAUGUUCUAAAAUGCUGUAUUUUGUAUACUAAACUAGGUGACAGAACGAAUAGUAAUGGAAUAGUGCAUGUCUUAACGGGGAAGUCUAAAAUAGAAUAAGGCUAGAAAUGCUGUAUUUUGUAUUCUAAACAUGAUGUAUUGUUGUAUUCUAAACCUUAAUGAUGAGCAAUGAGAUGAAGCUGUUGACUGUUUGUACUGAGAUCUUAUAUCGAUAAGAGAUAGGAUGAUUCAGUUUUAGCACCUGAUGAAGGACGUCUGUCCGAAACAUGUUGUGUUUAAAUAAAAUACACUGAAUCGAA